CGGGAAAGGAAAAUGAGAGCCGACAAUGGGCUCCGCCCGCCAAAAUCUCGGGACGUCGCGUCUCUCAGCCCCAGAGAGUGGGAAGAUUGGCUCCAAAGCUGCAAUUGGUACGCGACAGCGGUGCAACUGAACAAAAAACCGCCGGAAGUGCAAGUCACCAACUUCAUGAACGCGAUUGGGUCCGAAGCGCAGAAGAUUUACAAGACGUUCGCACUGAGCGAGGCAGAGAGCAGGGAUGUCGAAGCAGUAAAGGCGAAGUUCAAGGAACACUUCAUGCCUGUUAUCAACCCCGCCUAUGAGCGGUACAAGUUCAACAAGAUGAAGCAACAAGAAGGCGAGAGCUUUACAGAUUUCCUGACAGCAGCGAGGUUGCAGGCUAACAAGUGUCAAUUUGGAAACCUGACCGACGAGCUCCUGAGAGACCGGAUCAUCGUAGGCAUUUCAAACGAUGACGUCCGCGAAAAACUUCUUGGUGACCCGACCAUUGACUUAGAGAAAGCGAUCCAUUUGUGUCGAGCAAGUGAACAGGUGACGCUACAGCUGAAAGAAAUGUCAGCAAAAGAAAACAAAACAGUGGACGCCGUCUACGCCAAGAAAAAUAGAAGCCCAAGUAAGCAUACAGAAUUCAAAAAGCAUUGCAAGUACUGUGGAUACACACACCGCAAAAAAGAGUGCCCAGCAUACGGCAAGACCUGCACUGCGUGUCACAAGGUAGGCCAUUUUGCUGUGGUGUGCAACUCGAAAAAGCAAAAUCAGCGAGUCGUAAAUGCUGUGCAAAAGCAAGACUCGGAGAGUGAUGAAUUGUAUGUCUCAGUGCUCAGAACUGCAACCAACCACAAAAUGUCAGAUUGGCAAGAAACAGUUCGGUUUAAAAGCGGCAAGACUAACUAUGAAGCUGGACACUGGUGCACAGUGUAAUGUGCUGCCCAAACAAGAGGCAAACGAAGUGGGCUUGAGGACGACACCUUCAAAGAUAAAGAACAUUGUCUCCUGUACCAACCACAAGCUUUCUGUCGUGGGAGAAACCCAAGAAUUGUGUGAAGUAAGGGGAC